UUCUCAACCCAAAGAUACACUUCACCUGUGGUCGAUUCCAUUCGUACUCAUGACCAGUCGUCUGAGUUCUUCUAGCUAUGGCAAGUCUCAAUCUACCCAAGACCGUGAAUAUUAGCGAUGACUUUGAAGGCUUCAACAAGGAUGCCUUUUGCAUCCAGAAGCACUAUCAAGAGUCUAUUCACAAGGUGCUAGUUCCCCAUGGUAUGAUCCAGGACCGAAUCACCAAGUUGGCCAAUGACAUCUUCACAGAUUCCCGAGAAACAGGGAUGGACUCGCUGGUUACUCUAUGUGUACUAAAAGGAGGAUACCGGUUCUUCGCUGAUCUCCACGAUAAACUCAGUAUCAUUAACAGCAGUCAUAACUCCGGAGGAAGCAUCUACAUGACGGUGGAUUUUAUUCGUCUGAAGAGUUACGAGAACACGGAUUCCACUGGUGACGUCAAAGUCGUUGGUGGCUACAACUUGGAGACACUCAAGGGCAAAAAUGUUCUUGUGGUAGAGGACAUUGUCGACACAGGGCGCACAAUGAAAAAGCUUUUGGAACUGUUGACCAAGUGCGACCCAAAGUCGGUGAAGGUUGCGUGUCUCGCGAGGAAGCGCACUCCGCUUAGCGACGGAUUUAGGCCUGAUUAUGUGGGCUUUGAAGUGCCUAAUCACUUCGUCAUUGGAUACAACUUUGAUUACAACGAGAACUUCAGGGACCUCAUGCACAUCUGCCAAAUCAGUCAGUCGGCCGUUGAGAAGUACAAGUCUCAUAACGAAUGAACUUACCUCUCUCCAUGCUCCAGUAUCCACUAGAAGGCGAGCAAAAUCCAUGAAGUGAUUAGGAGCCUCACCUUGCCUCAGAGGUUCGCAAUCGUGUUCGUCAAAGUAACUCGCCAUAAUCUGGGGGAAGAAGAGCAAUGAUCUGUUAUUUAAUGUUUAGAGAAUGAUCGUUUUUUAGUCAAUCGUUACCUCCACCAGAAAACAUGCAUGGAGUCCAAUUGAACAGGACUCCUCGCAAGUUUGAUUUGGCUCCUAAUGAUUGAAUUCUCAUAAGAGAGUUCGAUUAAAAAAGCGCUGACUUUA